AUGGCAGCACCCGAGGAAGACUACUCCUCCCUGCCUCUUACCGAAAGAAUAACACACAAGAUUUGGAAGGUUCGAGUUGCAGCAUAUGAGGAACUCACGAAGAAAUUCACCAAGGCCGAUCCGUCAAACGAAAGUGAGUUCAGGCCGUACGAGGGUAUCUUGAAAAACAUUGCCACAGACGCCAAUGCCGUUGCUCAGGAAACCGGUUUGGCAACGCUUCUGGCAUACGUAGAAAACGCACCAAAUCCCACUAAGCAAGUGUCUCGUAGAUACAUCCCGGUAUUCUCGCAUGACAAAACGGGCUUCGGUUCAGCUCGUGCCGGAACAAAAAAUAAAGCCGUGGAACUCGUCCUCUUAUACAUAGAGGUCGACACCCCUGACCCAGUUGUGGAAGAUGUGCUUGCGGGGUUGAAUGCCAAACAACCGAAAUUGGUCACGACCACGACUUUUGCGCUCAAGGAAAUCAUAAGGUGCUACGGCGCAAAAACGGUGAAUGUCAAACCAAUUCUCAAAAUCCUACCAAAGAUAUUUGGACACACUGACAAAAACGUUCGAGCCGAGGGGACUCAACUUGUGAUAGAGCUUUACAAAUGGUUAGGUCCUGCCAUCAAUUCGUACUUAUCAGAAUUGAAGCCAGUGCAGGUGAAAGAAUUGAACGAAGCAUUCGAAAAAUUACCCCAAGAGAAACCUAAACAGGAAAGGCUAUUGCGUUCGCAACAGGCUGCUGCUGAGGCCGCAGCAGAAGCUGGUGAAGGAGCCGAAGAGGAGGCCGAUGAUAAAAAGGAGUUGGACGCAUACGAUUUAGCAGAACCGGUUGAUAUUCUUCCAAAGAUAUCAAAGGAUUUUCAUGGGCAAUUGGCUUCAUCAAAGUGGAAGGAAAGAAAGGAAGCUUUGGAGGGCCUGUUGGAGGUGUGCAAAACGCCCAGAAUUGCUGAUAGCAAUUAUGGAGAGUUGGUUGCCGCCCUCGCCAAGCGGAUGACGGAUUCUAACAUAUUGGUCGUUACACUGGCAGCCAAUAUCAUAGAGGCUUUGGCAUUGGGCUUAAGGGACGCGUUUGCAAAAUAUAAACAAGUGGUGGUAACCCCAAUAAUUGAGAAACUCAAAGAAAGGAAACAAAGUGUUGUCGAUGCUUUGGCAGCAGCGUUGGACGCGGUGUUCCUAUCCGUAAGCAUAUCUGACGUCACGGAGGAAAUUCUGGCUGCUGGAAAACACAAAAAUCCACAAGUAAAAACGGAGGCCAUGAAAUGGUUGGUCAGGUGCUUAAAGAAUACAAAGGUCGCCCCUAACAAGGCAGAAAUUAAAUCCCUAAAUGAGAUGAUGGUGAAAGAAUCGGAAAAUAGUUUUGAGCCGGUGCGUGUUGCGGCAUUCGAAGGACUUGGCACCAUGAUGAAAGUUAUCGGGGAGAAAUCUAUGAACCCUUAUACAGAAAAUCUCGAUGAUAUACGUAAGGGAAAGAUAAAAGAGUUCUUUGAGAAGGCGGAGGUAAAAGUUAAGGUUACCACAGCGAAAAAACCGCCACCAGCCGCCGCUGCACCAGCCAAAGGAAAGCCAGUUCCUAAGGCUUCAGUCAAAAAGGAUGAUGCUAAAAAAGAUGCUAAAAAGGAUGAUGAUAAUGAGCCUAAGAAAUCAACUGUUCCAAAGAACCCCAAGUCGAUUGCACCGCCCUCAAAAAAGCCCGCGGCGAAAACAUCCGCGGCUGCCACAGCUCCACCUCCCGCAAAAAAAGGUGGUAAGGCAAAGGAAGAAGAAGUUCUGAAAUAUAGGUUUAGCGAUGAAGGUGUCGAAAUGAAGUUUGCUGAGAUUGUUCCUGAAGAUCAGACGGCUGAAAUGGGUGAUAAGAACUGGAAAUUACGAUUGGCAGCCAUUGAAAAUCUGUAUAACACUCUGGAUGAAAAGGAUCCCUCUGAAAUUGAAGCAGAGUUGGUUGUCCGAUUUCUCUCGAAGAAACCUGGAUGGAAAGAAAGCAAUUUUCAGGUGUUAUCUAAAGCGUUUAAUAUAAUGGAAUUGCUCUGUACCAAAGUUCCUUCUUUCGAUAAACCGACGGCGGCUCUUUGCAUACCAGUAUUGGUGGAUAAAUUGGGAGACAUUAAACUUAAAAAAAGUGCGUCCGAUACAUUGACAGCAUUCUCCGAGAAGAUAUCACUGCAAUUUGUCAUCGGGCAAGCAUAUGAACCUUUACGCAAAGCUAAGUCACCGAAAAUAUUAGCGGACAAUUUGACGUGGUUGCAUGGCGCCAUAAUGGAAUUCGGAAUAGCUGGUCUUCAAGUAAGGGAGUUAAUCGAUUUUCUCAAGUUCUGCUUAUCGAACACGAAUGCAUCUGUCCGAACGAAUUCGGUUACGGCCUUGGGUGCGCUAAGGAUUUAUGUCGGCCCCGAUAUCAGAACAUUUGUUCAAGACUUGAACCCUACACAACUUGCCACGAUUGACAACGAAUUCGAAAAGGUUGCGGAUCAAGCGCCACCGAAACCAUCAAAAGUUAGCGCCGAAAUAGCUAAUUCUGGACGUGGUGGGAAUGAUGCCUUGGAAGAAUUAUUCCCGAAAGUUGAUAUUGGUGCCCUGUUUACAAGUAAAAUGAUGGCAGAUGCUAGCGAUGACAAGUGGAAAACGCGAAAAGAGGCUCUCGAUCAAAUUCUCGCAAUUGUUGAUUCCAAUAAGAGGAUUAAACCAAACCUGGGCGAGUUCGUUCCGAUUCUGAAGGCACGGUUGGCGGAUAGCAAUAAAAACCUGCAAAUGAUGGCUUUGGAUAUUUGCGGAAAGCUCGCAACAGCAAUGGGAAAACCAUUUGAAAAGCACAUAAAAAUAUUAGUCCCACCAGUGACCGCAGUGCUGACUGAUCAGAAAGCUACGGUUCGCGGGAGUGCUAUCGGUGCAUUGGAUUGUCUUGCAAAUGCUACCAACUUGGAUCCUUUAGUCCAACCGUUGGCAACUAGCCUCGCUACUGAAAAUCCGCUAUUACGUAAAGAUUUACUAAGUUGGCUAUCCGAUCGCCUUAAAGAAGUUGACGAGAAAAACAUUUUACCCGAUUUGCAACCAUUCGUAGUAGUUAUACUAUCAUGCUUACAGGAUCGUAAUGGUGAAGUGAGAAAAGCGGCACAAAGUUGUUUAGGGCCUAUAGUAAAGAGUGCUGGUUUCGACUACGUGGUAACACGAUGUGGAGAUCUCAAGGGUGCAGUAAAACAAACAAUUAUGCCGAUGAUUGAAGCUGUUCGUCCAGCCCACGGCAAUGGUCCUCUUCCUAGAGGAAAGGACGCCAAAAAACUUGGCCCCAAAUCCCGUCUUGCUUUGCCAACAGCAAAGGAUAACAAAAAUGAUGACGCUUCUGACGACAUAGACGACGAGGAACCAACACCGAAAUUACCUCCUGGGUUGGUGCUCAAACCACCAACCAACAUAGGUCAAGGUAUUCCUCAACGCACCCUUGCACAACCACUCGCGGCGCCUACUAAUAACACAUCAGGUCUAGUCCCUCCCAAUGGUAUUCCCUCCUUAGGCGCUAAUAACGGACCACAAUCUUCCAUUGUGGCACCCAACAGACUUCAACCACCCGCACAAAGAGGUGGAAUUCCACAAAGUGGGAUUGGUAGAGGCUUGCCAGCGCCUCGUCUUCAAUUUUCUAGACUUCGUCAGGGUGUGAAUGGAGCGAAUGGUCACCCAUCCGAGGCCUUGGACGAUUCUGAUCAUAAGGACCCUGUACACAUGGAAAUUGAUAAGCCGGAGCACAAUAACUUGGCAAAUGAUAAUUUUGCGGUGUCAAAUUCUCCCGGAAUGGCAGCAUCUAAACAACGAACAUCCGAACGCGGUUCGGUAUUCUUGGUGGAAGUUGUCAUAUCCAAGAUCCAGAGUCCCGACUAUCCACAAAGCAUUGAAGCACUAAAAGAACUAGAUAAACAUUUGAACAAUUCCCCUGAAUCACUUAUUCCAUCUGUUAAUGACAUUGUUAAUGCUUUGACAGUACAAGUGCGAAUUUCAUAUACGAAGCUUGAUCCGCAGUCACAAAUACUGGUUCGACUGUGCAAGCAUCUGGUUAAUGCAUUAGUUUUAUUGUUUUCAAACAAGGAUUUAGCAUUGGCCGUAUCUCAAGAAUCGCUUGAUAGCUUGUUAACGGAAUUAGCACAUCGUCUACUUGAUCCCAACCUCCAAAUAUUAGAGUCGUCUGGUCAACAAUUGUCAAAAGCACUAAACGUAUCGAUGGUUAAGGUUCUCGACAACAGUAAUCUUUUGAUAUUUAGUGCCCUAAUAUCUAUACUUGAGAGAUCGGCGGCAAAAUUACGAGAAGUCGAUCCAUCUACCGCUUCCUCUCAUACAAAGUUUACAGAACUGAUAAUGAAGUGUCUAUGGAAAUUAGCGAAGACAGUUCAAGAAAACUUAAAGAAUAGCAUCCUCCAACCUAACAGACUAUUAAGGGAUCUCAAUAAUUUCCUGUAUUCAACGCCACCCGCAGAAUGGAAGAGACGCGCAGCCGAUAAGGUCCCGCUUGGCGAAAUGCCUCUUCGCACAGUAAAAACGCUGCUGCUCGAGCUCGUGACCGGACUUGGCGAAAGUGUAUAUGAUCAUUUGGACCUUAUUGACGAUCCUCAACAUAGUUUUGUAUACCCUUACUUACACCAUAUGCUCGAAGCAUGUCGUAAAAAGGAAAAACAAAAUAAUACGUCGUCAAAUGUUUCUAAUUUGCAAAGUCGGCCUUCAUCUGUUAGUUCCAUAAAGUCAAUAGGAAUGGAAUCGGCAUAUUCGUCAUUAGAUUCUUCGCGAGCGUCGCCGGUACAAAAUUCCUCACCUCGACAUUCAUUUACGCCCACUCCCACGCAAACCAACGAACAACUGGCUCGAAAUUCUGUUGCAUCCGAAGCGCCGGGGCAGUUUAAUGAAACGCAGUCUAAUAGUUCAGAACCAGUCAGUCCAGCUUCACCUCAUACACCCAUGACACCGAGAUUCCCUACACCGACUGGCAGUAGCCGUUCAUCAGGAUCACAUGAAGUAGAGAUGAAUGCACGUUUAACCCAAAUAUUUCUUAAGAUUGGUACGCGAGAAGAAACUAAACAGGGCAUUUACGAAUUAUAUGAAUUUCAAAAACAACAUCCCGAAAUGGAAAGCAAAGUGACAUCGCAAUUGUCAAAGACAGGUCCUUACUUUCAGAGUUAUAUUCGUCGUGGAUUGGCGAAUAUCGCUUCAGAAGAAGAAGAAAAAGAGAGAGCCAAUGCUAUUGCAGGAAUUAAAUCCCUAAUUCCAUCCGAAAGUGAACAGGAUGAAGGCGACCCUUACAAGCAAAAAUUACUAAGAUUACAACAUGUCUUUGGCUAUAACAAUGAACCUGGUUUUGAACAUCAAUUGG